CGUGUUGAUAUCGGAAAAUUUUAUCCAUCUUUCCACUUCGCGUGUGUUGUUUAUCUCGCCUCGAGCAGCCAGUUCUACUAAAUCAACCUGUGCAGCUUGCGUCCCACUUGCUGGCCAGCGGACCUACUCAACUUGCUACUUACUUUUUCACUAAAGAACUGCGAAACAGAUCUCAGAUAACUCGGAACGCGACACAAUACUACUGUACUGUCAGUGGAUUUUUUGGAAACUUUUAGUUUUCCUACAGACCUUUUUUCACGGCAUGAAGUAAAGAAGUGCGCUGAAUAUCAAAUAAGCCUCAGCAAGGAAAAAUAUUUUAAGGUCUCCGGCUCCUUGCAGCGACCGUUUUGCACCUCACCUCUCGACGAGCAUGGUUUGGGACAUCCUGUCAGUCUGCGGUUGGCCGGUUGCCGGUAGCAGAGACGAUCCACCGAUGGAACCCCCCCGCGUCACGCUACUCCAAGAGCAGUCCGGUGUCGAUGGUAGCUUCCUGCUGGCGAUGCUGAUGACGAACCAUCUGAAGCAGAGUGCGGACAAUCACGUGCUACUGGUGGCGGCAAAUCAUAACGCCGCACACUACACUGCGGCCUGUCAGAAGCUAACGUUCAACACCGCAUCCGCCAUCCAGACUGGACAGUUGUGUAUCGUCGAUGUACUAGCGGAACUGUAUGCGAGCGGUGGCAGUCUGGGUUCGCCCGAACUGUUACAGCUUAUCAGCGGCCGGAUUUCAGACUACGACAAACGCAACACACUGAUCAUCGUGGACGAUCUUACAUUCUACAGCACCAUGCAUUCGGCGGGCAGCGGAGAAAAUGCAGUGAUCGAUUUUAUCGAGCAACUGCUCCACACCACCACCGCCGCUCACCACCAUCGUAUGGUACUCAAAGUGAACGCGUCCGAAUGCUACGAACGGUUGUGCACGUUUCUGAUCGAUUUGGCCGAUGUAACCGUCAGCCUGGGGCCACUCCCGUCCGGCAGCUUCCGCGAGCUGGACGGUAUCUUAACGGUACACCGCAAACAGUCCGCGUACCCGCUAAUGUCCGCGGUUCGCGAACAGUCCAAAACGCUGCUGUACAAGGUGCACGACCGAAUGGUACGUACCUACGUGCACGGUGAGGUAGGAAUAAAAAAUCUUUAAAAAUGCAACCAAUUUCACCUAA